CAUGGAAGGGGACAACCACACCCAGGUGACCGAGUUCCUCCUCCUGGGUCUCUCCCAGGACCCCAGGGAGCAGCAGGUGCUGUUCCUCCUCUUCCUCUCCAUGUACCUGGUCACGGGGCUGGGGAACCUGCUCAUCGUCCUGGCCAUCGUCACGGACCCCCGGCUCCACACCCCCAUGUACUUCUUCCUGGCCAACCUGGCCUCUGUGGACGUCUGCUUCACCUCCACCACGGUCCCCAAGAUGCUGGCCAACCACGUGAGUGGACGCCAGGGCAUCUCCUACGCGGGCUGCCUCACCCAGAUGUUCUUCUUCAUCUGGUGUGCUGGUAUAGACAGCUUCCUGUUGACGGCCAUGGCGUAUGACCGCUAUGUGGCCAUCUGUCACCCGCUGCACUAUGCCACCUCUGUGACCCCUCAGCUCUGUGCCCUCCUGGUGGCCGCCUCCUGGGCCGGAGCCUUGGGGAAUUCUUUGACUCACACGCUGUUACUGACCCGUCUCUCCUUCUGCAACCACAACCGGGUCCCCCAUUUCUUCUGUGACCUCAGCCCUCUGCUCAAGCUGGCCUGCUCAGACACCUUCAUCAACCAUGUCCUGGUGAACACGGUCGGGGCCCUGCCUGUCUUCAUCCCUUUCCUGGGCAUCCUGGUCUCGUACCUGCGCAUCUUUGCAGCCGUGAUGAAGAUCCCGUCCAUGAAGGGAAAGCAGAAGGCCUUCUCCACCUGCGGCUCCCACCUGUCCGUGGUCUGUCUGUUCUAUGGGACCAUCACGGGGGUCUAUUUCAGCCCCACCUCCUCGCACACAGCCUGGAAGGACACUGUUGCGGCCUUGAUGUACACGGUGGUCACCCCCAUGCUGAACCCCUUCAUCUACAGCCUCCGGAACAAGGACAUCCAUGGGGCCCUGGGGGCCCUCAUCAGCAGGAAGCCCACGGAGACUCAGUGACUUGGGUCUUGGGACCUUCCAGGGUGCCCACCUGCACAGUUCUGAUCACAGAUAUAAUUCUUUUUUUUAUUUUGUAUUAUUGAUUUAAUGUUGAUUUACCAAAUGAUGAGAUAAAAAGGACACAAUUCCACACUAUCUAUUCCCACCCCCAGAAUUCUGUGUCCCUAUUCCCUCCACUGGAAACUGCAGUGGUUCUCCCAAGGUCACAGAUAGGAGUUGACUAUUACUUCUAGAACUAUCUGUAUUUAUUUAAGUUGCAGUGAACUAAAAACAUGAGGUCUUGAUUUCACUAGCAAGCGGCAUA